AUGGGUUGUCUGCCAUCGAAAAGUGCUCGCGCAUCAUCAAGAAAGCACUCCUGUCCGCCCUUCAGCACAAUCUUGCUCAAUGAUGUACCACAUUCCAGACCGCAGUCAUCAGAACCAUUAGUACAGCCAACAGAAUUCGGUUUAAUCGAUGAAAAUCUCGAAGAUUUUACUAUUGUUUGGCUUGAUGGUGAUAUAGAUCGAACAGAUGAUUCCUUAAAUACACGAACUUUGUUACAAAAUGUAAAUCAUUCUUUAAAAAUAUUUAACGAACCGAACAGUUGUCUACAUUACGUUAAUAGUAUUGAAAAAGAAAAACUUUUUUUAAUCGUAUCUGGGUCUUUGGGUAAAGAAUUCAUUCCACUAGUUCACAUAAAAUCCCAAAUUGUAUCAAUUUAUGUAUUUUGUACAGAUAAAAGUGCUCAUGAACAAUGGACAACGUUAUAUCAGAAAAUUUAUUAUAUUUUUACUGAUAAACAUGUCAUGAUUAAUCAAUUAAGAAAUGAUAUUGCAUCAUAUUAUAAAGAUAUAGUGCCAAUGAGUAUCAUAAGUAGUAGUUUAAAAGAAAGUUCAUUUCGUGAUAAUGAAAAUAUUUGGUUUGUUUUAUUUCAAUUAGAGGUUAUUCAUUUAGAAUGUCUAGAAAACAAAAUCGUUUUUUGA